AUACUUUCAGCUGCUCAUUGGAAACGAAGUGUGAAAGUCUGUAAAAGUGCAUUAUCCAAGUUUUACUGAAGUAUGAAAAUAAGUGAUGAUGUGUGAUUCAAUCUCAAAUUCUAAGGCAUUCUUUAUUGUGUAACUCACACGGCAGUGGCUGUUACAGCUAGGUGUACUUUUUUUUCAAACAUGUAACGUUAGCUGCAGGGAGCAGAGAAGUUAUAGUGUUAAUGUCUUACUCAGCCAUGUUUCAAGUCUCAAUACUGAGAACAGUUCUUGAUUUCCCAACUACUUCAAUUGUGCAGAAUCUAAUGCUUGUAAUGUAACUUGCCUCAACUUUAUCUAAAUCAUUGAAUUUAAUGUUACUGUUGGCCUUCAUGCUAAUGUGCACUUAUUGGUAUGUAUGGAACUAGAUGCUGCAAAACUUUUGUAAUUUGUAAAUUAAUUUAUUGUGGGUUACAUAUAGUACACGGGUGCUCUAAGAACAAGUGUUGAGUCAAAGGAACUAAAUUUCAUCGUAUGUGUCUUGUAACAAUUGUAGUAACAAGGUGUUUCCAAAAAUAACAAGUUUAGAUAUGAAAAUUGUAGAAUGUGUUUUUGCAAUGUUAUGAUGGCGUGAAACAAACACAACAAGUCUUGGCUUGUCACGCCUUGAAGCUUGCAUGUACAAAUGUUCCUGUUGGCUGAGCAACUUCCUAUAGUAUAUGAUAGUGUAACACGCAGGGCUUUCUCGCAUAAACUUAAACUUUUAACAGCAAAUGAUUGUGUCUCAUGUACAUUGUAAAGUAAUGUGUAAGUCAGUGGAAAUGUAAUUGUGGCAAGUACAAUCCACAGCUUGUAACUAGUGUAGGUUCCAAGUGAUGUAAAGCAACCUUGUGCCAUGUUUCCUGAUUCAUUAUACAUGUCUAUAUACUUGUUUAAUUUCAUCAUGUUCAACGUAUCACAGAUUUCUCAAGUCAGUAACCACAAAUAUGCCAGUAAUGUAGUGUUUAGUAGCACUAGAAUCUGUUUAAGUGCUGGGUCUGAAAUCGUCACUGCCACAGUUAUUUCUCAUCAAUUCAAAUUAUAGAGCUGGCAUAUUGUACAUGUAAGUCGCUGUUAUUCCCUAACACAUUUCAUACAUAUCCCAGUACUCAUUCAUUUUUAUGUAUAGCUGUAAUAGAUAAUUGUGUAGUUUCAAUUGCUGGUGGUGAAGUUAAAGUUGCAAUGCUGUAUGAGUAUGUAUGGUGGAGGAGAAUGUUCACAGCACAAUUUACAUCAUUAGCUAAAUGUAAGAGUUCAAAUUUUAUACAGCAAAUUUAGAUGUCCAAUAUCUGCAUGUCUCUGAUCUACAUACAUACAAACCAAUGGAUAUUGAUUAAACUAUAUGUUGUAUUAUUCAGGGAAUUUGGCUUAUCUGUUUUUGUUGAAUUUGUCAUAUUUUCUGAUGUCAAAGUUUUCUUACCCAGUUUUGGUUUGAGUCGAUGAAUAUUCUAAUGGUCCUACAAUGUACCUCAAACUGUAUAGAAAGAAUUUGGUUCACUUUUUAUGCUUGAUCAACUGCCUAGAAAGAGAGGUUCAGAAUAUAAUAUGAUACUCAUGCAAGGGACUGCCAAAUUCUACUUUUAAAACCAUAUAGAAGUUGGUAAAAAUGACUGAUGCAAGGUACUUUUUCGGCACUCUCCUUUCUGUUUGUUUUAGGUCAUUGUUAAGACCCACAAAGGUCAGUGGUAGGGACGUUAUGUAUCCAUAUGCAGUCACCCAUACAGGGUAUGUCAAUACCCAGUAAGUUGCCAUAGUACCAGUGGUAUUUGUUAUUGCAUUGUUUUCAUACCAUCCCGGGUCCUCUGGUCAAUUAUUUCCCUCAGUUUUUAUUUGCCCCUGCUAAAAUAUUUAGGACCCCAACAGGACGUGUAAUAUGAGCCAGAACAGGUGAGUGGGCAAAAUAGAGGAGGAAAACAUGAAACCACUUUUAGCAGAGAGAACGCUUUAGAAGAGAUUCUGUUACCACUUCACAUUAUACUGUACUCUGUGACCUUUACUAAAUCACACCUUCCUCCCCCCUUGCUGCUGAACUACAGUCUACCUCAGUUCCUAUCCAGAGGGAACAAGCAGAACAUUCAGGUUUCUAUAGUGAGUGAUACCGGGCACCUUGCAUUCCUCACUUGACCUUCACACAACUGAGUCUCCCUGAGAGUGCAAAGCUGAGUCGGUCUUGCUGGUGUUGAUGAUGAUGAUGGCAGAGAGAAAGAUCAGAGUGAUGCUGCCACAGUAUGAACACCCCCCACCAUGGAUACCACCAGAAGAGCAAGCCAGCCACCCUGACUACAGCAGUGACCUAACUCCUGCCCUGCCACGGUCACUCAAGAUCAGGAGAGACCCAGACACUCAACAGCUGGGCUUUGUUGCUCGAGGAGGGAAAGACUUUGGGACUGGCAUCUUCAUCUCACAGGUCGAUUCUGGAACUGAUGCUGAGAGUCAAGGACUGAAGGAGGGAGACCAGAUCCUGUCUGCAAAUGGAUUUGACUUUGAAGAGAUGGACCACAAAGCAGCAGUGGGAGUAAUGGCAUCAGCACAGCAGCUACAGCUCAACGUCAAGUACUUCCCUUAUGCCUAUAAUCAAAUGAUCAGACGGACGGAAGCUUACGGACCAGAGAUCCCAGACAACAGGCAGGAACACACAGCGCCACAACCAACACAAACACCACCAGAACAGACAGCAACAAAAAAGAAGUCCAGCCGUAAAAAGCCCCAACUUUAACAGGAAAAUUUGACAUUUGUAUGUAACUGUAAACUUUGCAUGUAACAGUGAUUGUGGAAAAUUAUAAAAGUGGAGAUACAGUGAAGUAUAGCCAUGGACACUGGUAACACCAACAAAUGACUCAAAUUGGUGCACUUGCUCUCUGGUUUAUUGUCUGCUGUAUGGGUUAGACCUGCUUGUGCUUGAUAUGUGGAAGUUUGAUGGCAGAUCCCCAGCUGCUUGUCCCACGUGUGGAUACCAUGAAGACAGAAGUGGCUGAUGUCUCUCCCAGUGCCACCCAUCAACAUGUUUUUCUUUUUGUACUUUUGUGUAGAAAAUGAAAGGUAAAUUGCUGCUGUUGUUUCUGAUCAAGCAGGUUCUAUCAUUCAAAUGUGAUUUUGUUGCUGGAUUUGAAAGCAAAUAUUUUAUACAGCAUGUUCAUGACUGGUAUAAAUAUUUUUGUAUGAGUUUGUUACCAAGAAGAACACUGAGGGCAAGUGAAGAUAAAUCUGAUAUGAAAGCUAGAAUAUGGUUUUUAUGUGGCAAAAGAGAUGACUUUGUGACUGGAGUUAUACGUGUUUAUACCUCUGUGGGAUUGUUUUCAUAUUUGAAGCAUGAACUACUGAUAUUCUUUCUCACAAGAGCGUUGUGUUGUUUGUAUCUGGACCUUUGUACAUGUAUAACAAUCCAUUGCUGCAACACAUAAAAUAGUACCAAGGACAUGAUUAAUUAAAA